CCGGCAGCUUCUGAGGGGAGGAAGCGCGGUGGCGGCAGCCGGACGCCGCCGACAACACCCCUGAAUGACCGGGCCCCGCUGAAAAUGAACAUUAUGGAUUUCAAUGUUAAGAAGCUGGCGGCUGACGCCGGCACGUUCCUCAGCCGCGCCGUGCAGUUUACAGAAGAGAAACUUGGACAAGCAGAGAAAACUGAAUUGGAUGCUCACUUGGAAAAUCUUCUGUGCAAGGCAGAAUGUACUAAACAAUGGACAGAAAAAGUUAUGAAACAGACAGAAGUGUUAUUGCAACCAAAUCCAAAUGCUAGAAUGGAAGAGUUUGUCUAUGAGAAACUAGACCGCAAAGCACCAAGUCGUUUGAAUAAUCCAGAAUUACUGGGCCAGCACAUGAUUGAUGCUGGGAAUGAGUUUGGUCCAGGAACUGCAUAUGGAAAUGCACUCAUUAAAUGUGGGGAAACACAAAAACGCAUUGGAGCAGCAGACAGAGAAUUAAUACAGACAGCUGCGAUAAAUUUCCUCACCCCUCUGAGAAAUUUUAUAGAAGGAGAUUAUAAAACAAUUACUAGAGAACGGAAAUUAUUACAAAAUAAAAGACUAGACUUGGAUGCUGCCAAAACUAGGCUGAAAAAGGCAAAAGUAGCAGAAGCCCGAGCAUCAUCUGAACAGGAAGUCAGGAUAGCCCAAAGUGAAUUUGACCGGCAAGCAGAAAUUACGAGACUUCUGUUAGAAGGCAUCAGCAGUACACAUGCACAUCAUCUUCGUUGUUUGAAUGAUUUUGUAGAAGCUCAGAUGACUUAUUAUGCCCAGUGUUACCAGUACAUGUUGGACCUUCAGAAACAGCUAGGAAGCUUUCCAUCUACGUUCCUCGCCAACAAUAACCAGUCAUCUUCAUCCUGUGCUCCAAGUAGUUCUACUACUACUACUGCAUCCUCUGCCUCUGUUACACCUUCACUGUCUUCAAUAAGUAAUGCAGCAGUUACGUCAGGCUUUGGUGAACUGAAGUCAUCAAGCGGCAGCCGAAAAGCCAGAGUUCUUUAUGAUUAUGAUGCUGCAAACAGCAGUGAAUUAUCACUUCUUGCAGAUGAGGUAAUAACAGUGUACAGUAUCCCUGGCAUGGAUUCAGACUGGUUGAUGGGUGAACGAGGAAAUCAGAAGGGCAAAGUGCCUAUUACUUACUUAGAACUGUUAAACUGAAUGACUGGCUUGUAUAAGACUGCCAGUUAUGGUGAGACCAUAUUUAUAUGCAAUUAACUUGAUAUAAAGCAGGUUUAAGUGUCUUCCAUGUUAAUGUCUUAAUGGAUGAGAAUACCAGCCAUUAGAAAUGGGCUUUCCUGCCAAUAUUGUUGCAUGGUAGAUACUCUUUUCAGAUCUAAGUUGUUUAAAAGCUUUUACUUUAUGUGCCAAGAUUGUUUCCUACAGAAUUUUGUUUUCUACUGGAGUUUUCACUAAUAACAAACCUCUAGUUUUGAGUAAUUAACCCUAAAAGCAGGAGGAACUGUUUUCUACAGAACUUUUCAUAAUGGCAAACUUCUCACAAACAAUAAAUUGUUAAACAAUGA